CAUAAAACAAUCCAUCCUCGAUAUGGAAUGCGGUGCGGACGGAUGACAGCGAGAGCGCAGCCCCCUCGCCCGAUUGAUUUAUGUCGGAGCUGACGCUUUAUCAGGCAGUCGGAAAAACUUUGACCAAUCAUUUUGCAAGGAGCGCUGAGCCGGGCUGCUCCACUGUACUUUGUUGGCUGAGAAGUUGAGCAGGGGGUGGGGGUGGGAGGGUGGGGGGCUGGGGGGGGUCGCGUCCGAAAGCCCUCACACCGGUCUGGGUGCCACCUCUCCCUGCUUGGGCGCCGCGCGCGAGCGCUUCCCUUCCCCCUGCGAGCGCCCGGAUAAUGUCUGAGAAUGUCCAUUUCUGGGACGCUUAGCAGCUAUUAUGUCGACUCGAUCAUAAGUCACGAGAGUGAGGACGCGCCUCCAGCCAAGUUUCCUUCCGGCCAGUACGCGAGCCCCCGGCAGCCGGGCCACGCGGAGCACCUGGAGUUCCCCUCGUGCAGCUUCCAGCCCAAAGCGCCGGUGUUCGGCGCCUCCUGGGCGCCGCUGAGCCCGCACGCGUCCGGAAGCCUGCCGUCCGUCUACCACCCCUACAUCCAGCCCCAGGGCGUCCCGCCGGCCGAGAGCAGGUACCUCCGCACCUGGCUGGAGCCAGCGCCGCGCGGCGAAGCUGCUCCGGGGCAGGGCCAGGCGGCGGUGAAGGCGGAGCCGCUGCUGGGCGCGCCUGGGGAGCUGCUCAAGCAGGGCACGCCCGAGUACAGUUUGGAAACUUCGGCGGGCAGGGAGGCCGUCCUGUCUAAUCAAAGACCCGGCUACGGGGACAAUAAAAUUUGCGAAGGAAGCGAGGACAAAGAGAGGCCGGAUCAAACCAACCCCUCCGCCAACUGGCUGCACGCUCGCUCUUCCCGGAAAAAGCGCUGUCCCUACACCAAAUACCAGACGCUGGAGCUAGAGAAGGAGUUUCUGUUCAAUAUGUACCUCACCAGGGACCGUAGGCACGAAGUGGCCAGACUCCUCAAUCUGAGUGAGAGACAAGUCAAAAUCUGGUUUCAGAACCGGCGGAUGAAAAUGAAGAAAAUGAAUAAGGAACAGGGCAAAGAGUAAAGUCUCCCCCCGCCCCCCCCCCCCCCCGCCCCGGCCCUGCCCACCCCUUCCCCAUCUCACGCUUAUUUAUAAGUGAUGGCUGCUGAGCCAGGGCUGUCUGGGAUGUAUUCAAGUGAAUGGGGAAGGGGAAUCUUUCUCUUCAAAGUCCUUCUGUGCAUCGAAAGCCUCUCUCCUUUCCUUUGGCCUCACCUGGCCUUCUCUUCUCCCUGGGCCUCAGGAGGAAGUUCCGUUGAUUUAGAAAGUAGUUGUAGUUGGGUCCUGAGAAGAUGAUGGGCCCCAAGGAAAGAGAGCCCUGAGUAGAGUCCCUAGAACUCUCCUGAUUUGGGGGAAAGCCCUAGCCCCUCACUUUCAGCCGGUCUGUUCCCCCACCCCCACCCCCGCCCCUACCCCUGCCCCUAUCCCAAAGUCACCCAGGGACUCACCAACUGCACACAGCCCAGCAGACACCUGCAUGCAUAAAGCCUGGAGCCCGCAGUAAUAAUGGGGGACAGCUCACCAUCAACACUCUCAUGAAGCGACACCCCAAAUGCAGAUCAUCAUACCCCCAAUCUGGAAGAACAGCCCGCAGACCAUCAGGCAAGCCCAGGUUUCACCCCUGAUGCAAUAGCCACCAAGAUGUCCAGAGACACAUGCCUCAAUGAGACACUGCUGCUCAGAGGCCUCAGCAGCUCAACACCAUCCCCAUGGAAUCCUGAACUCUGCCAGGGGCAUGGACUCAAGGGCAAGUGGGGUUAACUCAGCCCCUAAGCUGGUGGGCUAGGAAGGGCAAGGAAAGGCAGCGGUGGUCUUCUGAGAGUCUCCUAGGUUUUAUGAAGGCAUCUCCCCACCCCACCCCACCCCUGCACCCCCACACACGUUUUGCUGCAGGAAACUUUAAUUCUGCAUGUUGUUUUCCCCUCCUUCCAACAGAAGGAGGUCAGAUCCUGGGUUGUAAGCCUUGACAAUGUCAUCUUCCCAUUCACCUGUGCCCCAAGUGACAGAGACUGUAGCUUCUGCUCUACACCAGCCCCCCCCCCUUCUUCCGUAUUCCCCCAGCUCUGCAAUCGACUCUGUUCGGCCAGUCCACCUUGCACCGGCCAGUCAAGCCGCCCCUGUAGAAAACACACUUCCGCCCCCCUCUCGGCCAGCGCUACCCUUCCGUGGGCAGGAAAGCCAGGUCAGGAGAACCCAAUGGAGAAUUUAUGGUGAAUCGAUUCCCCGGGCUCCUUUCCGGAGCAAGUUGUGGAGGACAGGAAGGAGCAAAGGCUCCCCAGCUCGGCUCCGGCUCCGGCUCCGAGCUUGUUGACUUGUUCCUCCCAUCCGGCCCAACCCGACCCGUGCGGAGGAGCCUCGGGCUUGGCAGCUGCUGCUCCAGCGCAGAAGCGCAGAGACCGGCCCUGCGCCCGGCUUUGCCUCUCGAGACUCAGGCCUGGAUGGCGACCUGAGCCGCCGCCGCGCGCACUCUUCUGGGAAGCGUCCCGCGUGCUAAGGAAAGAGGCGAAAUCGCAUCUAGGCAUUAGGCCGGAGAGCUUACGCUGCUUCCCUUUCCCUCCUCCUGUUACCCCACCUCUCCAGUCCCCUUCAAUUCCAUGGACUCUCGCCCCUGCUUCUCCAGACCCUACAAGGGAACAUUCCAGUAGAACUUUUGUUUUUUCUUUCUUUUUUUUUUUGCUUUGUCGGUGACAGUCGUGAAAUUGUGCUGUGUUUUGUGAUUUCUUUGGGGGUGAUUGUCUCGCCUGUUUUCAGGUGUCGCUUAUAUGGGAGGGUUGUGGGUGGGAGUGGGGAGGGCGAGGGGCUUAGAGCUCUGAUUGUUUGUUUUGGAAGAAAAAAAAAGCAAGAAAAAGAACAAAAAAUAUAUAUCACUCUAGAAACUAAA